AUGCAGAACACAUUUAGUGGUGGUUCAUCACGUGGAAGAGGGAAUGGACCAUAUCAAGGAAAUCGAGGUGGAAUAGGAGGCGGAGGAAUGAGAGGAGGUCGAGGAAGAGGUGGCCCAAGAUAUUUUAAUGGGUAUGUUUAAGUAUAGCUAUAGAAUUUAUGAAUAAUCAAUUUUUAUUUUUUUAGUCCACAGCGUUCUUCCUCGCCAGUUAAUAGAGAAUAUGAUUUAUUUGAGGAUAAAGACACACCAUCUCCACCACCUUCAUAUAGUGACAGAAACAGGUUUGUUAUUUGAGAAAGUUUUUUUCAAAUUCGUUCCAAAUUGAUUUCUAAAUAUUUAUGAAAUUAUUUCAAAAAACGAAGUUUUAGACGUGAUGGAAAUCGUAAUCAAGUCAAUUCAUAUCGAGGACGAAACGAUGAUAGAAAUGGUUAUUCGAUCCGUGGAAAUAAUACAAAUAAUCAUCAAAGAUCAUUUUCGCCAACUGGAAGUUAUUCGCGUCCACAACAAUCAAUGGUUUGUCGACAACCUUCUCCACAAGGAAGACGUUCGCCGCCGCCAUCGAGAUAUCCACCACAAAGAUCCGAAAAUUUGGUAAAUAAUAGAAGAGGAAGAAGUCCAAGUCCACCAAGAGUUAAUAAUUAUUCUAAUGAACGAGCACCACAACAACAACAACAACAACAAAGUUCUUCAAGAAAUCAGAAUGAUCAAGUUGCUGAGAGAUUAAUGAGAAGAAUAGGUUAGUUUUUAUCUUGGGUUUUAUUAUUCAUUUAUCGUUUCAUUGUCUUACUUCAGAAGAAAAUGAGCAAGAUGUUCGAGCACUUGAAGAACAAUUGAGUCGCGCAAGAAGAAGACUUGAGGAAAGCUAUCACGAAUUACAACAACAUAGGAGAUCUACGGUAUAUCAUUAAUUCAUUUCCCUUUGUCGAAUUCUUCUUGCACUCACACAAUUUUUUUGCACUUCUAGUUCUGAAUCGGUAUUUGCUCCCAUUUUCACUCCCUUCUCACAAAUGACAAAUAUUUUUUCUGAAAAGUUUUCGAUGUUUCUUUGUUGUUAUUAUUAUAACAUGAACUGUUUUUCUUCUACUUUCAUUUCCUUCUGUUUUUGUGAGCGGGGAAGAAGUGUGGUCAACUGUACCUUUUUAUUUCAGAAAUUAUGUUUUGUUAAUCAAUUUCUGAUGUUUUCAGGAACAACCAGUUAUGAGUUGUCAAACAAUCGAAAUUAACUCAAUUCAGGUAGGAAAACUAAUCAAAAAUAUAUUUUAAACUUUUUUUUAGUGUAUUGAGGAAAAAAGUGAAGAAGAAAAAGAAGAAGAAGAUGUAACGCCAUCACAGCCUCAAUUCAUUUAUUGAUUAUUCGAAUAUUCCUUCCACAUCAACAGAUCCAAAUUACAUCCACAACGAAGGUAAGAACGUCAAUUUAUUUCAUCAAAUUUUUACGUGACCUCUUUUUGAUGACGUUGUCUUACAUUUAGUUAGAUGUCUUGAAUUUCAUUCCAUACCUAAUCUACAUCUAGCAAUUUUUAAUUUUUCUUAAAAAGAACCCCACCUGCGUUCUCGAAAACUCGUCAUGGAAACAUCAAACAUUUUGAAAUGUUGGUUAUUUUUUUUUUGGAAAAAUGUGUUCCCCUCAAAAUUUCUAGCUUCCGGCAUCCAACAAUAUGGCGAAAAAACAGUAUAUUUUUGGCCAAAUUUUUGGAAUGUACUGAGUUCCAUUCAAUUUUAUGAACUUUCGAGCAGGAAUUUUAGUUAUAAGCUUUUAAUUCAAAUUAAAACCAAUAUCACUCUCUCUAUUCAUUGAAAUAGGAAACUUUGAAGGAUCAUUUUGUUCCGUUACAUUUUUUCGUAUCUCUUAUCUAAUUAACCAAUUCUCAAACCAUAGUUUUUUGAUUAUUUCGCAAUUUUUCUCAUUGCUCAUGUUAUUUUAUCGAACGUGUCUCUCAAACUGAUAGAACAUUGAAACAAGGGAGAAAUAGAGAGAAAAAGUAGGCGGGGUUUUGCUUUUUCUCUCUCGGCUCUCUUAUUUAUAGAGCGCCUUUUUUGUUUGUAUUUUCAUUCUUAACAAUAUUGAGGUUUAAUAUUUUUAGAUCUAAAUAGAGAAGACCAAGAAGAAGAAGAAGACAUGCAAAAUCUUACUAAUCAACUAAAAAAGACAACAUUUGCUCCAAUUCAAUCAACAUAUUCAUCGGAUAAGUUGACAGAAGUUGCUGAGAAGUUGAAACCAGCAGUGAUUACCGCCAAGAAUCGUGUUUCAAUAUUAACUAAUUAUUGGGAUAUAAAUGUUCAAUCGAAGACUGUUUAUCGAUAUGAUGUUGAUGUUAAUGUUGUUUUUAAUACCAACGACACAGAAAAAACAGUUUCGCUUACAGAAGGUUCGAAAACUGCGUAAGUUUUUCUUUCCAUUGGAGUUUUUUUUUCGGAUAUCAUAACACUUGUUAUAUUGUAGAUCAUCUCGCGUUGAACAUCAUCAACUUUGCUUGGCUGCACUUCGAGCUGGUCUUGAAGCAUACUCAGCUUUUCGUCAACAAGCUGCAACUGUUUAUGAUUGUGUCACACAAUUAUAUACAAGUGAAGAAUUGGAAAUGGAAGGAUCUGGAUCAAUUACAAUUGAAGUAUCACCACAACAAUUACAUUCAAUGGUUCAACAUCGUUUCUCUGAAAUGUCUAAUAUAAGAAUUACCAUUUCUCCAAAUCAAUCACUUCCAUCAUUUGAUCCAUCUGAUUAUUCGAAAGAAAAUCAACGAGAUUUGAGCGAAAACAAUAAAAUUGUUUCGAAUUUCUUGAAUAUGUUAACGAAUGAAAGUGCACAACGAAAUGGAUUGACUGUUUUUGGAAGUGGAAGAUUAUUUGAUAUGGAAAAACAAGGAGAAAAAAUUGGAAGUGGACAAGAAAAACGAAUGGGAAUCGAUAAAGGAAUCAAGUAAGCGAAAUAUUUCAUUCGUUCACUUAUUUAUUUUUGUUUUUGUUUUAGGUUCAUCGAAGGAGGCGUUUCUCCGCCAAAAAAUAAUAACAACAAAAAAUCAUCAAAUGAUAAAAAUACGCUUCCUGCUUUGCUAUUGGAUGGUUAGUUUUUCCAAAGAAACAUUGUUUUGAACGAAUUUGGUUUUCAGCGAAAUGUGGUAUUUUCUUUUCUCGUCAAUCAUUAUUGACAACACUUACCGAAAAGUUUGGAAAUUUGAACUUGGAUUGGAGAGAAAUCGAUGCGCAAGCGAAAUCUCCAUCACAUCGAAUUAGAAAUGCAAAAUGGGUUGAAAUUCAACAAUAUUCAAAAGGACUCCGAUUUGAGAGAACUUAUUCGACAAAAAGAACUUUUACAAUUUCGGGAAUCAGUGAACAACCAAUUAAAGAUAUUACAUUUUCUGGAGUUGAUGGACAAAAAGUUCGAGUUUUAGAUUAUUUGAAAGAUAUCAUUGGAAACGAAGUUGGUGGAUAUAAUGGAAAUUUGCCAGCAGUUGAGGUUCGAAAAUAUGAUCCAGUUAAUCAUAAAACAUCGAAUAUGUAUUUUGCAAUGGAAAGUAUAGUGAUUACGGAAAAUCAACGAGUUCCAAUUUCCAAACAAACUGAACCAGUAUGUUUUUAUUUUUAUUAUGUUUCUAAUGUUUCAAUUUCAUUUAAUUCUUUCAGCCACGCCCGAUUAAACCACAAGAUAGAUGGGGAAGAAUAAAUCAAUUAAUUGGUGAAUUGAAUUUGGAACAAGGUGGAAAAAGAAAUGAAAUUAUGAGAAUGUUUGGUGUCUCAUUGUCUGAAACACCAAAAAAAGUGAUUGGAGUCAAAAGAGAUGCACCAAAAGUUAUUUUUGCGAAUGAAAAACAUGUUGAUAUCGGACCACAACGAGUAAGAAAAUUUAAUAAUUUGAAACAAAUUAAUUAAUUAAUGGUUUUUUUUUCAGCAUGAUUGGAAAUCGUUUGAUUGUCGCGCCAUUUUACCAGCUAAGACAAAAGCAGUUAUUGUUUCAUAUCCAAAAAGAGAUGAAAGAAUUGCAAUACAAGCAAAAGAUGCUUUGGUUCGAAAAUGUCAACAAAAUGGUUUGCAAAUUGAUAAAUGGCAUAUGAUUGAUAUUGAAAGAUUCGUUGGAACUCCUCACAAAAAAAUCAUUGAUCUUUUUGAUUAUGUCGCCAGAGAACAAUCAUUUGGACCAAAUCCCCUUAUUUUAUUCUUAGAUUGGGAAAAAUCAAAAUCACACGGUAAGUCAAACAUUUCAAUACAAAUGAUUUUUAAAAAAAAAUUUCAGAUUCGUUGAAAUUGGCUGAACGUCGCUCAAAAGUUGUUUCACAACAAAUUACAAUGGAAAAAGCUCGAAUGUUGAUGUUAGUUUUAUUUAUUUAUUUUUAAAACAUAAUUUAAUCUGAAAUUCAGAAAACAAUCAAUGACUUGUGCAAAUGUUGUGAAGAAAAUGAAUAUUAAAUUGGGAGGAUUGAAUUAUCGAGUUGAUCCAGAAUCCUUUGCGUAUGUUUUCUAUUUUUCUAAUAAAAAUCAAUAUAAUCAUAAUUUUUAUAGACAAAGCAAAUGGCUUGGAAAAGAGCCAAUUCUUAUAAUCUCAUAUGAUGUUGCUCAUCCAGGAAGAGUCAAUAAAAAUGAAGCUGUUGUUGUUCCAAGUGUUGUUGGUUUUGCAUUCAAUGGUGGUUUUCAUCCAGAAGCAUUUGUUGGUGAUUAUCAUUUUCAAUAUCCAAAAAUGGAACAAGUCGAUUCAAAUAUUUUGACGGCACGAAUCAAAUGGAUGCUUCAAUCAUUCAUUGAAUAUAGAAAAUGUUGGCCAACAAAAAUUUUGGUAAUUCGAGAUGGUGUUUCUGAAGGACAAUAUGAAAUGGUUUUACGAGAUGAAUUGGAAGCAUUGAAAGAAGGAUGUAGAGAAUUUGGAAAUCUCAAUAAAAAACCAGAUUGGUGUCCACCAUUUGGACUUGUUAUUGCAACAAAAAGACAUUCAACAAGAUUGUUCAAAGAAAAAAAUGGAGGGGUUGAAAAUUGUCAACCGGGUACUGUAGUUGAUCGAGAUAUUGUCAGACCAGUUAUUGGAGAUGCUUUUAUUGUUUCAGCACAUGCUAUACAGGUAAAUUUAAGAUAUUCUCAGUUCUUAAAAUAUACAAUUGAUUAAAUUUCAGGGAACUGCUCGUCCAGUUUGUUAUUCAAUCUUGAAAAAUGAAAUUGGUUUGAAAGAUAUGGACGAAUUUGAAAGUAUUAUGCUUGGUCUUACUUUCCAUCAUCAAAUUACGGAUUCUCCAAUUUCAUUGCCUGAACCAGUUUAUCAAGCUGAUGAAUGGGCAAAAAGAGGAAAUAAUAUGUGGAAAGCAUUUGAGUAAGUCAUCAUUCCCGAUAUUGAAAAACAAUCGAUUAUUUCUUCAGCAUAAAUUACGAUAUACCAAAAGUGAAAGGAGAAGUUGGAAAACCAAAUCAUGCAGAUUUCGAAAAAAUGACUGAAAACUUGGCAAUUUGGAGAACUUCGUUGAGUGGAAAGCGUGUGAACGCAUAA